AUGAGGAGCCCUAGGUGGCUCGUCUGGGUCUGGAGUCGUGCGCCCGCCUCUCCUGCCGCACCGGGGGCAGUUCAAGAGACUCCGAAGGGCGCUUCUCCGCUGUCUGGCGUGAGGCCACAGACGAGAGUCUCGACGGCUUCUGCGUCUGCAUCAGGAGGUGCGGUCGAGAAAGUGAUCUCCGUUCCUUCCGACGAAGAGGAAGAAGCUGGAGACAAUGAGGGGCUUACGGGCUCAGCCACAGGUAAGGAGGGCCCAACCACUUGGGCGAGUCAUCCAAGCGAAUCGGAGGCGGAUGACGACGACGCCUCAAUACAUGAGGCCCUGUCGAGCGAAGAGGAAGUAUUGGUUUCUGCAGGCCAACAAAGGGGAACCUCCCCUUUCGAGGGAGCACCGGUCGGGGUUGAGCGCUCGGUGCGAGAGUCUCCAGCUCGAGGGGACACCCCUAUGGGGCUGAUGGCCACUUCCUUAUCGGUGGUGACCGGCGACUCCGCUACUGCUGUUCUGGCGGCAUCGGUGACUGCUCCCGUCGACGGCGGCCGUUGA